AUGUCGUGGUUCAGCGGCAUCCUGGUGCCCAAGGUGGACGAGCGGAAGACGGCAUGGGGGGAGCGCAACGGCAAGAAGGGCACCCGCCCCCGCGCCGCCCUCUGCGGCCCCCGCUACAUGAGCUGCUUGCAGGACCCUGAGAUGGAGCGGGGUGGGGGGCCGCCCCGGGGGCUGCGCUGCACCUGGCAGGAGGACCACUAUGGCAAGAAGGGGCCCACGGGCGACCUGGGGCUCAAAUCGGUGGACCUGGGCUUGGAGGACGGCGAAGCCAAGGGGCCGAAGGGGGCCGGGGGCCGCGGAGGGCGGCCGUCGGCCGGCGAGUGCUGGCGGCGGCUGCUCCAGGUUUUCCGCUCCAAACGCUUCCAGUCGGCCAAACUGGAGCGGCUUUACCAGCGCUACUUCUUCCAGAUGAACCAGAGCAGCCUGACGGUGCUGAUGGGGGUGCUGGUGCUGGUCUGCGGGGUCAUGCUGCUCUUCCACUGCCUGCCCGGUGCCCCGCAUGUGCCGGCGGUUGCGGUCGCCGCGUUGGCGAGUGCCACGGCCCUUUUCUUGCUCUUGAUGGUGCUGUGCAGCCGCAGCGCCUUCCCCCAGGACUACAUGUGGGUGGUGAGCUACGUGGUGCUGGGGCUGCUGGCCGGGGUGCAGGCGCUGGGCACGGUGGCCGUCGCGCCCCGCAGCGCGGCCGAGGGUGUCUGGUGGAGCAUCUUCUUCAUCUACAUCCUACACGCUGUGCUGCCGGUGCGGAUGCGGGCGGCCGUGCUGGUCCCCUUUGUGCCCCCUACCCUGGGUCCCCAGGUCCCUGCAUCCCCUGUGCCCUGGUUUCCUGCAGUCCUAGCCCACCUCCCCUACCAGCUCAGCGCCAAUGCCCUGAUCUUCCUCUGCACCAACGUGGUGGGGGUCUGCACCCACUACCCGGCCGAGGUGUCCCAGCGCCAGGCCUUCCAGGAGACCUGUGGCUACCUCCAGGCGCGCCUGCACCUCCAGCGCGAGAACCGCCAACAGGAGCGCCUGCUGCUCUCGGUGCUGCCCCAGCACGUGGCCAUGGAGAUGAAGGAGGACAUCAACACCAAGAAAGAGGACAUGAUGUUCCACAAGAUCUACAUCCAGAAGCACGACAACGUCAGCAUCCUCUUCGCAGACAUCGAGGGCUUCACCAGCCUGGCCUCGCAGUGCACGGCCCAGGAGCUGGUGAUGACGCUCAACGAGCUCUUUGCUCGCUUCGACAAGCUGGCGGCGGAGAACCACUGCCUCCGCAUCAAGAUCCUGGGGGACUGCUACUACUGCGUGUCAGGGCUGCCGGAGGCACGCGGGGACCACGCACAUUGCUGCGUGGAGAUGGGGGUCGACAUGAUCGAGGCCAUCUCGCUGGUGCGCGAGGUGACGGGGGUGAACGUGAACAUGCGCGUGGGCAUCCACAGCGGGCGGGUGCACUGCGGCGUCCUGGGGCUGCGCAAGUGGCAGUUCGACGUCUGGUCCAACGACGUGACCCUCGCCAACCACAUGGAAAAAGAGGAGAAAGCCAUUCUGGCCAAGCUGCAGCGGGCUCGUGCCAACUCGACGGAGGGGCUGGUGCCGCGCUGGGUGCCUGACCGCUCCUUCUCCCGCACCAAGGACUCCAAGGCCUUCCGGCAGAUGGGCAUCGAUGACUCCAGCAAGGACAACCGUGGCGCCCAGGAGGCCCUCAACCCCGAGGAUGAGGUGGAUGAGUUCCUGAGCCGGGCCAUCGACGCCCGCAGCAUCGACCAGCUCCGCAAGGACCAUGUCAAGAAGUUCCUGCUCACCUUCCAGACGCCUGAGCUGGAGAAGAAGUACUCCAAGAAGGUGGAUGACCGCUUCGGUGGCUACGUGGCCUGCACCCUCCUCGUCUUCUGUUUCAUCUGCUGCCUCCAGAUCGUGGUGUUCCCCCACCGGGUGGCCCUGCGGGACUGUGCUGCCCGCGAGCUCAACGUCACCCCCGAGGCCGUGGGACCCUGCCAGCUCCGGGCCCUCAACUUCUCCCUGGGGACUCCCAUGGGCCCCUGCCACCGUGACGGGCUGGCCUGCGACUUCCCCGAGUACUUCAACUACAGCGUGGUGCUGAGCCUGCUGGCCUGCUCCGUCUUCCUGCACAUCAGCAGCAUCGGCAAGCUGCUGCUCAUGGUGGCCAUCGAGGCCACCUACCUGGUGCUGGUGGAGGGGCCCCAGGCCACCCUCUUCGACAACGCCGACCUGCUGGUGGUGGCCAAUGCCCUGCCCCCCUUCAAUGGGACCCAGGGCGAGUGGUGA